CAAAGGUGUGUUUCUCCACCUGCUCUACAGCAAAAACUUGUUUUCAGAGUCAGCCGCUCUAUGAUCUUUCUGCCGGACUCUUUCUAUUACAAGCACGCCACAUCAUGCAGGUGGCAGAAGUUGAUCCAUUCACUAUCCCACCCCCACAAUACUCUGGUCCCCGCGAAACUGUGAUAACCCACCAAAGUCAGAUGGCCGUGCAUACUGUUGAAGUACCUGCUGUCCAGCAUGCUGCACCUGCUGUCCAGUAUGCUGCACCUGCUGUCCAGUAUGCUGCACCUGCUGUACCUGCUGUCCAGUAUGCUGUACCUCAGUUUCAGGUUGUGCACACUGCACCGCAGAACCUGCUCACAGAUCUUCCCGGACAGGUGACGUGUAGUAAUUGCCAUACUCAUUGCAUUACUCGAACCCGCUACAAAACUGGAACACUGACUUGGAUCAUUGUUAUCACGCUCCUACUGUUGUGCUUAUGGCCCUUUGCUUUUAUCCCGUUGUGCAUUGAUACAUUCAAGGAUGUGGAGCAUUCCUGCUCCACCUGUGGCACCGUGCUCCAUGUACAUAAACAAAUAUAACACACAGUCACCUCUGCACAAUACCAUCUCAAAACACACUGCAGACAGUAUAUACUUCAUUAAUAGCUGUUGCUACAGUAGUACCUCAGUUUUUUCGUAGGAUGCGAUAGGAAGUCGGCCCGCUAUGACGUCAUCCUUCGUUGACUCUAUAUCAUACUUGCCAACUUUGAGACCUUCGAA